CAACCGUGCGAUUGGUUAACUGUUGAACCUGAGAGCACUUCUCCUUUUUUAAACCCCCCUCUCGGGUCUCACUUCCCUUCUGUUUGUUUUAUGCGCGUACUAGCGUGUGCAGGUUUUUUCUUUUUCUCUUUUUUUUCCUCUUACGACAGAGCUGCGCUCUCCACUCCCCCCACAUGUAAAUUACGUGUGACAUGUUUUAACUGCUGUUUCCUAAUAUGGCUCGUGCUAGAUUUCAGAGCGGUAGGACCCAGUCAGGCACCCUGGGACUGCACAGGGGCGUGUGUGUGAGAGCGUAACUGUCUGCGAGAGGGAAAAGAGAGGGGAGAGAGAUGUUGACGCAGGUUUUCACUUCUGUCUGAGUGCGUCACUCUUCUGUGCAGUCAUGUAAGUAAACGCUGAACACACUCACACUGCAGAGAGAAACAUAUGGAUUCGAGCUCUCGCAUGUCUGCUCGUCGGCUGCUCGCGGUGGCUUUCCUGCAUUGAAACGGAAACAUGUGGGUACUGAGUAUCGUGCCCUCUCUUGCGUCUGCCGCUGCUUGAACCUGCUUAUAGUACCAGCCUCAGCUUUCCUGCCCGCUUGCUGCCCACAUCAGUGAAAGGACUGCUCGCACAACCCCACAAUCUCUGUGACCCCGAACGACCCCUCCACAAACACACAGAGCUGAAGUGGGCACUAUUGAAACAGCCAAUCAGAUUCAAGGAUUUUUUGCUUUGGGAUCCAUUACUGCAGUACACUUUUUACCUAGCAGCAACAUUUUUUGUCCAUUUUGCUUUGGCCUGGUGUGCAACCACAAGGAAAGAGAAGCUUAAUGAUCUAAGGAGAGAAACAUUCUGAAAAGGACAAACACAAGCACACCCAAAGCACUUUGGGAUUUUAAGGAAUUGAAGUUUGCUUGCCGCUAAAGCGUGUUGAGAUGGCGAUGAAUAUGGCUCACAUGCGGGACACGAAAUGGCUGACUCUGGAGGUGUGUCGGGAGUUUCAGCGGGGAACGUGCGCUCGCUCCGAUGUUGAGUGCAAGUUCGCGCAUCCUGCCAAGAGCUGCCAGGUGGAGAACGGGAGAGUCAUCGCGUGCUUUGACUCACUGAAGGGUCGUUGUUCCAGAGAGAACUGCAAGUACCUGCACCCUCCUCCUCACCUGAAGACACAGCUGGAGAUUAAUGGCCGUAACAAUCUGAUCCAGCAGAAGAACAUGGCAAUGCUUGCCCAGCAGAUGCAGCUAGCCAAUGCCAUCAUGCCUGGAAGUCAGCUUCAGCCAAUGCCUAUGUUUUCGGUCUCGCCAGGCCUUGCAACCAACGCCAAUGCAGCUGCUGCAGCAGCCGCUGCGGCUGCGUUUAAUCCGUACCUGGGCCCAGUGUCACCUGGGCUGAUGCCCACAGAGAUGAUGCCCAGCGCACCUAUGCUGAUGGCGGGCAGCCCUGGGGUGGCAUCCGUGCCAUCCGCUGCCAACGCCGCAGCUGCUGCUGCUUCAGCAGCGGCCGCCCAGAAACUGCUCAGAACAGACCGACUGGAGGUGUGUCGUGAAUACCAGCGUGGCAACUGCUCUCGUGGAGAGACGGACUGCAGGUUUGCCCACCCUGCCGACAGCACAAUGAUCGACCCCGGUGAUAACACAGUGACGGUGUGUAUGGAUUACAUAAAGGGCCGCUGUUCCAGAGACAAGUGCAAAUACUUCCACCCUCCUGCACACCUGCAGGCCAAGAUCAAAGCGGCCCAGCACCAGGUCAAUCAGGCCACGGCCGCCGCUGCCAUGGGAAUUCCUCACAGUGUUAUGCCACCUUUACCAAAGCGACCUGCGCUUGAGAAAGCCAACGGUGCCACGAGCAUGUUCAGUCAUGGCAUGCUCCAGUACCAGCAAGCUUUGGCCAACAUGCAGUUUCAGCAGCAAGCUGCCUUUAUUCCGUCAGUUCCCAUGAUGCACGGUGCUUCCCCGGCCGCUGUGUCCGCAGCAACCACAUCUGCCACAAGUGUUCCCUUCGCAUCUGCAUCAGCCAAUCAGGACUCUUCUCUAUCAAAGCUGACUACCAACGAAUACAUGCAAUUGAUUCCAAUAAUAUCUGCAGAGCAUCUGACUAGUCACAAGUACUUGACGCAGAUGUAGUUCCAGUCCACAACAAUCACAGGAAUGUGCUGAUGACCCGGCCAAAAGGCAAAUUUCAAAAUUUUAACGUCAAGAUCACCGCCGGAUAGAAUAUAUGAUAAAGAUUAGAAUUUGUUCAUCCAUGAAAGUAGGGUUUUAUUAGGGUGAAACUGAAUGUCCUUCUACAUGAUGUGUAGAAUUUGAGUGAACUGCAUCAUUAUGUCAGAUAGGAUGGCAUUUUUACUCUCAAGCUGGAUUAAAAGAAAAAUUAAUUUUCAUAUCUGACUUAAAACCGUUUUUGGCAUGUUAGUAGACCAAGAGAUAUUUUUUUUGUGAUUCACACCUUGAUUUUUAUUUUAUUUUUUUUUCUUAAAAUUUGUCUGAAGGUUAACAAAGUUACAAAAGGUGCACCUUGAAUUGAAAAGCGAACUGAAAGUCGAUAUGGAACAAAACAUCCAGCAAAUGAAUUCAAUGUAUGUCGUUUUCCGUAUCUUUAGUUCUGGCUUUUAGUCAAACUAGAUUGUAAGCGCAGAGUCGAGAUUGACAGAUGAAUGUUUUGGGUAGAAACUGAUCGCCUGAGACCUUUCAGAAGCUCAUUCUUGCAAGCUUUAUGUACCAUAACCACCGGCUGAAUCUCAGACACCGAUCUAGAGUGUUAUAUCAACAGUGUUAUUAUGUUUACCAGAGAUUAAUGUUUUUUACAGCGCUUGUUUUUAUACAUAAUUUCACAAGUGAGUGGGGUUUUUAUGAAACGUGCCCAUUUUUAUUUGUAGAUCAUCCAUUAGGCCUUUUAGAACUAUGAAGCCUUUUUGACUCCUAUGAGAACAGGGUUGCCUUGUUCCUAAUGCCCUGUUUCUUUAUAUUGCCUUGAUCGAGAGAAUGUUGCAUUAAAGCGGUAAUCGAGAGUCACGUGUGUCGUUAGGAGAACGUCAAGGUCGCGCACGGAAACGAGAAACGAGCGAUUGCGUUCCAGUCUUCACCGUAACGGAGUGAGGACUCUAAAAAUGAUGCCGAAAAAGCACUGCUUGAGUAUUUCUUUAGAGAUUGUGAGUUCGAGACUCGGUACACAGAAAGAUGAGUUUAGUAGUGGGUCAGGGUUUGUCUUGCGAUGAUUUCGAUUUGUUUUUUGAAUAUUUCAUAACCGCUGGAUGAUGUAAAAGAGGAAAGGAGAAUAUAAUGAGACAUUUUUUUAACAUUAAGUUGUGCCAAAGUCUUUUUUCCUCUUUUUUAAUUAUUUUUUUUUUUUAUUAUUAUUUAAAUGUUUGUUGACUGGGUAUACUGAUCACGGAAGGUGAAUAAUUUGUAUAGCUUUGUUUCACGUACAAGGCUGCUUGUAAUUCAGGAAACAGACGCAAGGGUUUAAGUGUCACUACCAGACUCAAGAGGAAACGGAUGAAUCCGAGUUUCUCGGCUCAAGUUCACUUGAGUCUGGAUUUCAGCCUGGUUUAGGUGCACAGACUUGAAAGGAUGCAUGCCAUUGCCGUUUCUUCACUAAAGCCUUAUAUAUCAGUGUUUGAACCCACCCAAACAUUCUUUCAAUCACAAAUGGUAAAUUACAGCGGAUGAGAUUUUAUUCUUCACACUUAUUUUAUGUGUAUAUUAAUCACGUUACACUUAACGCUCACUCUGUUUCAAAGCUUUUGUUAGAAAUAUGUGUUGCAUAUAAAGAUCUUUUUUUUUUUUUUUUGUAUUUGACAAUAUUGUCAUAGAACUGUUUUAGAAUGUAGGAAAUCAAUUAUUGUUUUUCUUACUGUCACUUUCUUUUACAUCAUGUUAAGUUCAUAAUGUUUAUGUAGUAGUGUUGUAUACUUAAUUCUUCAUGUUAGUUUUCAUGGUAGAAUGUUUGAAUUGCAAGGAUUUUGGUUUUGAAUUUGUUGAACAAAAUAUUUUAUCUUGUCUUAAAAAAAAGAGUGAAAAUGACAGAAAGAGAGUUUAUUUUGUAGCUAUGGUAAGGUUGAUAUUUUAACCCUUUAUUUUGUGUCGAAUCAAGACCACAUCUACAAUUAGCUGGUUAAAGUAUCAAUUGGUACAUGCUAGAGUAAAAUAAGUUAUUUUCUACUGUAUGCAUUUCAGAAUUGAAAAUCGUCUUGUGAUAUUUCAAAAAAAAUAAGAAAAUCCCUCAAUGUCAGGCCAAAAUGAGCAGCAACUUGUGUCCGGAGAUUUCUGAAUAUUUAAAAAUGUAAAACAAAGGAGGGAGGUCACAGGGUCGGGCCUCGAGCUGCAAACGAGAGAGAGAGCCAUAACUUAAGGGACGAAGGUUGACUUUUUGCACUUCUGUACAUAGUCAAUAUAAAGAAAAGAAAAGGAACAUGUAUAAUAUUGAGAUCUUAUUUUGAAUAAUAAAAGAUUCUAUAACUAUGAGAAAUUUUCUUAGGAUAAUUUAAGAAUUAGAGUAAUAGUCCAGCUAACAAAUGAUGCUUGCAGAAAUAUGGCACAGCUAUUUUAUUAUCAUUUCCGGCCAUCAUCAAAAAAACAAAAAUAUAUAUAUAUAAAGCUCCGCAUUGCCUGCAUACAGUACCGACACGUACAGAGAGUCUCAAAAAUUGGCAGUACACUCCGACUCGUCAUGAUUUCCACUGUGGGGAAUUCGGUUUUGUUUACAAAAUAGAUACUACACCUUCAAAAACACAGUAUUUGUCAUAUGAUGGACAUAAAUAACUGCAUGAAGAAUAAAAAUUAACAGUAAAAUUCUCAUUAUAGAUAAGUACGUAGAUAAGUUAAUUUCUCACAGUACCGUAACUAUCAUUUGUUACAGCAUAGUGUAAAUCAAGUAUCUCGAUCGAUGAAUCUGAGCCUGAAUUGAGGCACAUUCACCGAUAAUCCAUCUGAGUAUAACCGUAAGAACAGUACAAUUAUUAAAAAGGCCUUUAAACCGACUCUAGAUGCUAGCAAAAGACGUCCACUAAACACACGACAACAGAAGAGUUGCUUUGUUACUUGGUAAUGUGCCUUCAGCAGGGAAAGGACCAACCACACACACACACACACACAAAAAAACAAACAAAAUGAAUGUAACUGUCAAAUCCUCCGCUGAGGUCAGCGUUUUACUCAUUUGAGGUUGCUGCACAAGAGCUAUAAAACCAAAGCGUCACUUUCCUUCAUUAAACGCAAUGCCUAAAAGCUGGUCGGCCGUUGCAGACGGCGAAACCACAGGUGGUCCUACCUGCUGAAAGCACUUGCUUGGAUGCUUAACGCCCUCCAUGGAAUCUUACACCUGCCCUUUGCUUAUAGUUGCUGUAAGAUAUUUGUGCUGCAUUCUAAAAGACUUGUUUUAUGCACAUUUAUUAUUGUUAGAAUUGACUCUUACUGUUAUGAGUAAAAAAACUUAAUAAAAUGGAUUUGCUCAAAA